UAGCUGGCUGCCGAGAGAGGCGCAGUCAGUGUCGGACCCGCGAGCUGAGCGGAAUCACCUCCGACGCGUCUCCGCUUCGCUCGCUCGCACGUGCACUCCACACACACACACCACGCAAAACUCUCGUUUCAAAACAUUCAAGCUUGGAAUUCAUCAGCUUCAGGCGUUUUCGGCUGCGACUGUGCGAAUUGCCGGCUUGGCAUUUUCAUGUUUGCUUGGCUCUAGACUUUGAUGAUGGACUCCUCGGCCAUGCAGCAGUCGUCACAACUUGUGGACCACCGCUUGCCCCUGGUCGUGCCCAGUCCCAAUCGCACCUCGCCCCACAGUCCCGAGGGCUGCGCCGAAGACUCGCCUCUUCAGCCCCCCAGUGAAACGUCUUCGUCGCCUUCGCCCCACACGACCGUCUCGCUGUCCACCACAGUCAGCGUGACCAGCGCCCCCAACAAUUGCCCCUCGUGGUGGCAUCCGCAUGUCUACGCACGGCCGCCCAAACGCCCCACGCCCCAUUUCAUAGACAACAUUUUGGGCAAGGCGGUUGACUUGGCCUCCGACGAGCAGCCACUGAAUCUGACCACCAAACCCAGAGAGGCCACUUCCAAGAAUGGUCCACCCAGCCCCGUCAAGGCCUUCCGCGAACCACCCGUUCUCAACGGCAUCCACAGAUUCGACACAAAAAGUAGUGCCAUCCCAACAAAAGACGUUCCCAGCAAAAAGCGCAAAAAAGAGGCGGCGGUCACUUUGAAUGGAGCAGCCCCGCCGCCCCCACAGCCACCGGCGCCUGCAAAAACCCCUGACGGGGUCCACAGUGAGGAUGGUGGCAGUGCCAGCGAGGACAGCGGCUCUGGGGGUCCGGGCGCUAAGAAAAAGAAGGCGCGCACCACCUUUACUGGCAGACAGAUCUUUGAGUUGGAGAAGCAGUUUGAGAUCAAAAAGUACUUGAGCUCCAGCGAGAGAGCUGAAAUGGCCAAACUUCUCAACGUCACGGAAACGCAGGUAAAAAUCUGGUUCCAAAAUCGGCGGACAAAGUGGAAGAAGCAAGACAACAUCAGCAAUGCCGAGGCAGCCGAACACAAGAACGUCAACUCUGCGGCAAAGGAGAAAACCAAGCAGAAGACCAAACUGAAGAGUGACACCGGCGAAGAGCUAUCACACAUCUCAAGUGGCUCGGAGCACGAAAGUCGAAGUUUGGCGAGCCACAGUGAGAACUCCCGAGUGGCGGAACCUCCAACUAAUGGCCGAGACGAGGAAGCUGACGAUGACGACAUGGAUGACCCCAGCAGUCCGUCCGGAAAACUCAUCAUUGACACAGACAUAAUGGAGACUGAAAGUCCUGCGGACAUCCCAGUUGGCCAAGUCGAGGCUGUGUUCGCUGGAGGACUGGCUGGAAAACUCGGUGGUGACAGAGGAGCCACAGUGCCAUCACCAGCGCCAGGGAAGACGCCAGUAGCCCCUUCCCUACCAAUAAUCACCUCAGUCACCGCAGCUCCCUUAUCAGGUUCCCCUGGUGAAGGCGAGGCGGUGCGAAGUUUGAAAAUCAAAGUCGAACGAAUGGCGGACAGGGCGGCAGAAGUGGCCCGAGUGCCGCCCAUGGCCUCACCCGGCGGCCACUUGAACAGCUAACAAGCGGCCAACCCCCGGCCAGCAAAGAGCAAGAGCAAGUCGGGAAGGCUGAUUGUGAAAAUCACAAGAUCUCCAAGGCGCUGAUAUUGUUCAAUAGAAAUAUCAAAUUUACGUGUUACCAAACGAGUCAGGACUUGUGCAGUGCCAAUUUUAAAACAGCGACAUAGACGCUUAACAAGAAAGAGUUUAAUCUACAGUGGCGAUUUAUACUAGAAUUAAGAAAAAAAAAAAACAGAUGUUAGAUAAAAGUGACAAGUAUUAUCCUGCAUGAAUAUAUAUGAUGUAUUUUUAUGUAAAACAAAGGCAGUGCAACUUAUGUAUAAAAAAACUGGACACAUAUUGCCCAGACAACAGGGAAUGGUUUGUCACAAAAUUUAAGAAUUUAUUGAAAUAAAAUUAUUUGUGUCUUAUACAGAAAGGGCAGAGUGACCCAGAAACUCGCAGAUAUGUAUUUUUGUUGUUUCGGUACAAUAUUUCAAUGGUUGUUUGUAAACAUCUUAAUGUGCUUGAGUCAUUGGCAAAGAAUCUCUGGUUCCGAUUUUGAGGUGUGAGAGCGUGUACAUUUUAAAGAUGGCUAACAUAUAAUAUGAUACACACAUUACAAACUGUACUAUACUUGUAGGAAGAGAAUUACUGUCCCAUGCAACACAUGUUAUACGAUUACAAAAGAAGUCUCCUUUCAACGCGCCAGAGUCGACCCUGCUGCUCUUUUCGUUUACACUGUCUGCAUUUCUUCACACAAAGAGAAACUUAAUUAAUUGUCAGCUUUAAUCUAAUCAAAUCGAGAGCAUUUCGAACAUGUUGAGUUAAAAUAUAGUCAUUGCUUGUCAAAAAGGCGUCUGAACAAAUUAUACUGGCAGAGCUUUAAAUGAUAACUUUGUAAAUAAAAGUUAACUGGC